AUGGAAGAGGCACUACGCCGUACAGUCGAAGCAGACCGGAGGUUUCUGGAAGAAGACCUGAUGCACGGAAGCCGGUCCGCGGCAGUGUUUCAAGAGCUGAACAGGCCGCUGGCCCCUUGUGUCGCCCAGUCGACGCUGAUCUGGGCCGGGCUCGAGCUGCUGCCGCCGGAGCUGUUUCUUGGCCUGUGCCGGCUGCUGGACGUGCAGUCAGCCAUAGCGGUCAGCCAGGUCAGCCGCCGCACGCGUCAGCUGCUAGCAGCCAUUCCCGAGUUCCAGCUGGUUGGUCAGCACGCGUCGGAGACCCUGUCGCUGGUCCUGCGCGUCGGACUCAGAGGACGCAUCCGGCCGAUAGACAUGUGGUCAGCGAUGCGGACGCGCGACUGCGUCUUUUGCGGCCAGUUCGGCGGCUUUCUGCUCGUGCUGACGGUCCAGCGCUGCUGCUACGGCUGCAUCCGCCACCGGGGCGGAUACAGGCUGAUGUGCGAGAUUCUGUUCGCGCCCGAGACCGGCGCCUGUCUCGGCCGCUGCAUGCCACCGCCGCACGAAGACAGCGAGAUGCGCAUCGGCUGGUCGCAUGCCAUCAAGGGCUUUGGCUGCCAGAUCUACGCGACCAGUCCGCAGACCAUUGCCGACAUCGCCGAGACGCCGGCCAUGUCGCCUUUUGACUUUCGCGAAUACCCCUCAGCCUACCUCUGCCAGCCUGACACGUCGACGGCCCUGCCGUUCUACGAUCCGGUCGCGAAGACGCUCGAGCGUGGUGCUGCCUGUCCGGGCUGCAGCUACGACCUGGUCGCGUUGGCGCACGAUUCCUUUAUGCUCCAAGAUCUGAUAGAUCCAGACGAUUCCUACCAAUUGUAUAUCUGGAACGAUCUGCAGCAGCACGUCAGUAGCUGCGCGGCCGCGCUCUCGAGACUGCGCAGGCUUCUGGAUUGA